AUACUCGAGUAGAAGAGGCCAGUGUGGAAUUUCAAAACUCACUCUCCGCAGUCAAGUUCUACGAGUAUCAUAUGGCACUUCAUUUCGCGAUUUUGUGUUUUCAUUUACCUACGAUACAUACUUGGACUUCUUCGCGUUUUUUGUUGGUGCACUUGCAAUUGCAUGCAUUGUGAUAUUUUUGGUGGUCUAUUUUAUCGGCAUUGAAAAAUUUUGGAUUUGAUUGUGCUUUUGUUUUUCUAUGUAUAGUAGUGAUAGUUCGGUUACACAUUACCUACCUAUUUAUGCACAUUACUGUUCAUCAUGUAUCUUUCAUCUGCGAUCAUAUUUGUGAAUGUUAUCACGAUUCAAUUGCUACAGAUGCCAACAGCUGAAGGCUUACUCAUCAACAGACAAUUUCCUGCGACAGAUAUUCUUCAUACACCACAAAGAAGCAUAGGAACGGUUCCAAAGUGUCCUAAAUGCGAUUGUAGAACAAAUACUCGAAAAAAGAGAAUUGCUGGAGGAAUAGAAGCCGAAGAAAACGAAUUUCCUUGGGUGGCAGCCUUGAGAAUAUUCGGCGUUGUAGGUUGCGGAGCUACAGUUAUCACUGAGCAGCACUUAUUGACUGCUGCACACUGCGUGAAGGGGAUCUUUGCAAUCGGUACUGAAACCGGAGUUGAAGCAUUAUUGGGAGGAUAUUAUAAAAAAAUAACAUUAUAUGACUUAUACGAAAGCAAAACAGUAGUAUGGGUAGGUGUUAGCGAGAUAAUUCGACACCCGGGAUUUAAUUGGUCAUCUUCAGAUAACGACAUCGCAAUUUUGAAAUUAGAGCGCACGAUAUCAUUCAAUACCCCGAAAAUUCAACCAGCAUGUCUACCAAGUUCUGAAAAUGAAAAUUACGCCGGUUACUUUGGCACCGUUAUUGGAUGGGGUUCCAAUGACGAAAGGACGUCCCUGUCCACAACUAACAAGAUGCGGAAAGUGGAAGUUCCUAUCAUUCCGACUGGCCAUUGUAGGAUGAAUUAUAUUUAUGGAAACUCGUCGCAUUCAGUAACUGAUAACAUGAUGUGCGCUGGAUACUUGUAUUUUGGAGGAAAAGGUGCCUGUAAGGGUGACAGUGGUGGACCUUUACAAAUCAAUCUAGAUGGACUUGGAACCAUGAAAGUUGUUGGGAUUGUUUCUUGGGGUCGUGGCUGUGGUCAACCAUAUUACCCUGGCGUUUACACUCGAAUUGAUAGAUAUAAACGUUGGAUACAUGAUAACAUAGGAGAAAAAUGUUUAUGUGAAAUUUGAAAAUCAUUAAGUAUUAGAAAAUGGGCAUGUAUUUUGUUCCCAUGCAAAUGCAGUUUUCCUUAUAUGAUUAAGUACUUACCCACGUAUCGUUAUUUUAAAUGUUGUAGCAAAUUUAUGUAAAACGAUCUUACGUAGGUAGUAAUAAUUGAUUUUUAUCAUUUUUAAUUCCAGUUGUUGCAAAAAACUAAUUUUUUGGGUUUUUUGCUUGAUUUUUUCACGAAAGGAGUGACUUUUCAACUCGUAAGAGCGUAAAAUUUUCCAAAGAAAUUUUAUGUAAGAACAGACUUUAAAAUAAAAAAAAAACCUUA